UCCAUUUCGUAAAUGCACCACAAGAUGACUAUAGUGUAAUCUUCUAAAUAGACAGCUCGAUGCUGUUAACGUCUACAAAGUCGCAAACAGCAAAAUGGCUGGUGCCAUUGUCCGCAAUUUUCAGGUCCCAAGGAGACAAUUGGGUUUCCUUGGUUCAUCAUUAAGUGGCCAGCAACAAAGAACAUUUGCUGAUGCUGCGCCUGAGGGAAAGAAAAGAGGUGGUCCCCUGGCUGAUCAGGACCGUAUCUUCACAAAUUUGUAUGGCAGACAUGAUUGGAGAUUAAAGGGUGCCCUGAAAAGAGGAGAUUGGUACAAGACUAAAGAAAUCAUUGAAAAGGGUGCAGACUGGAUUAUCAAUGAGAUCAAGAUAUCUGGUCUAAGAGGUCGUGGAGGUGCAGGUUUCCCAUCUGGCAUGAAAUGGUCUUUUAUGAAUAAACCCUCAGAUGGAAGACCAAAAUAUUUGGUAAUUAAUGGAGACGAGGGUGAACCUGGUACCUGCAAGGAUCGUGAAAUUCUACGUCAUGAUCCUCACAAAUUAGUAGAAGGUUGCUUGAUUGCUGGCCGUGCAAUGGGAGCUUGUGCUGCUUACAUCUACAUCCGUGGUGAAUUUUAUAAUGAAGCAUCAAAUAUGCAAGUUGCUAUUGCAGAAGCUUACCAGGCAGGUUUGAUUGGCAAGAAUGCCUGUGGCUCUGGUUAUGAUUUUGACAUCUUCGUUCAAAGAGGAGCAGGAGCAUACAUUUGCGGGGAAGAAACUGCUCUCAUAGAAUCUAUUGAAGGAAAACAGGGAAAGCCUAGACUAAAGCCACCUUUUCCAGCUGAUGUUGGAUUAUUUGGAUGUCCUACUACUGUUACAAAUGUCGAAACCGUCGCAGUAUCUCCUACUAUAUGCCGACGAGGCGGAGCGUGGUUUGCGUCAUUCGGCCGUCCACGUAAUCAUGGAACUAAAUUAUUUAACAUCUCGGGGCACGUAAACAAUCCUUGCACUGUGGAAGAAGAAAUGUCCAUUCCUCUGAAAGAACUUGUCGAAAGACAUGCUGGUGGAGUAAUUGGUGGAUGGGAUAAUCUGCUGGGUGUGAUUCCUGGAGGAUCUUCCACUCCUGUUAUUCCUAAAAGCGUAUGCGAUACAGUGUUAUUGGACUUCGAUGAUCUUGUCCGAGUUCAAAGUUCUUUUGGUACUGCAGCUCUGAUUGUUAUGAACAAACAGACCGAUAUUAUUAAAGCUAUUACCCGCCUCAUCAGUUUUUAUAAACAUGAAUCUUGUGGUCAAUGCACCCCCUGCCGUGAAGGAAUAAGUUGGAUGUACAAAAUAAUGAGAAGGUUUGUCCAAGGUCAAGCAGAAACACACGAAAUAGAUAUGCUGUGGGAGUUAACCAAACAGAUUGAAUUGCAUACUAUUUGCGCUCUAGCAGAUGGUGCAGCAUGGCCAGUUCAAGGAUUAAUUAGGCAUUUUAGACCAGAAAUAGAAGCACGUAUUAAACAGCGCAAAGCAGCAAUAUCCAAUUAAGCUAAAGGUAUAUUUAAUACUAGUAAACGUUCCGAUAUUAUGACCUUGAAAAAUGCAACUAGAAGUGUUGGUGUAUUUAUAUCUGUAAGUAAUUGUAUUAAUUUACAAUGUAUAUAAGACGAUCAAUACAAAAUGCGAUGUAGUGAAUUUCCUAUGUAUUUUUGCCGAAUCUUCCUCAACUUCUAAUGGUUUGGCAAAUAAAAUGGAUAGAAAAAC